CAUAUCAUUUUUGAAACAUUAUAGUUGUAUAUUUAUAUGCAUGUAUACCUAUAGUCAAUAUAUUAAUUUAAAUUUAUGAAUUUAUCUAUAUCACCGGAUUACUAAAAUCAUGUUGAAUAAAGCGUCAUUGGCAAUUAAAUAUUUGUUAUUUGUCUUCAAUUUGAUAAUAUUUUUGAGUGGAAUUUUACUUUUAUUUGUUGGAUUAUCUAUUCGCAACGUUUACAUUCAAUAUGAACAAUUUUUAACAGAGCACUAUUUUACUGUGCCGUCUAUAUUGAUUAUCGUGGGUUUCACAGUUCUAACGGUAUCAUUUUUUGGAUGCUGUGGCACAUUAAAGGAAAACAAUUGUAUGAUGAUUACCUUCGGAUUUCUUUUAGCAUCGUGCUUUAUAAUGGAAAUCGUAGGCGGUUUAGCUGGAUUUAUAUUAUUAGAAAAAACUCAUUCUGUAGUGACUUCAAAACUACACGAAACUAUGAUGUUUUAUAACAAAACAACUCACAUAACACAUAUAUGGGACGGACUUCAAACAUCUUUACAUUGUUGUGGAGCUGAGAAGUUAGAUGACUGGUAUCCCAUACUUGAAGACAAAUUACCUAUGUCUUGUUGUGAAUCAUAUGACGGAGAAAUAGAUCAUCAAAAUUGUACAGCAUCUGAACCAACUGUUUAUCGACAACCAUGUUAUGUGUCAUUAUCAAAAAUUGUAAAAGAAAAUGCCAGUACGUUGAGUGGUGUUACAAUAGGAAUAGCGUUUUUGCAGUUGGUGGGUAUAAUGCUGUCAUGUUCAUUAUCAAAGUCUAUUCAAAAAAGUUAUAAACAAGUUUGAAAUCAUGUGUACCUUCAAAAUUCUCAACUAAAAUUGUUAUUUUUUUGUAUACACUAAUGUGAAACAGAAAUAUGUACAUUAGAAAAUAUUAUAUUUUAUUUGUAUUGUAUAAUAUUUAUCUACCAAAAAUAUAAACUUUAUUAAUUUAUGUAAAUGUGUUGUAUACAUAAAUAAAUUUAUUAAAAAUAAUAA